AUGAUACGAACAGAAAUAAAGACUUUCAGUCUCCGAUCUUUUUACGGCAUUGACAACCUUACGAUUGAUAUGUAAGUAUGGUCUAUGGUGCAUGUAAUGUAGUUGCAUAUUAGAAUAUAUAAUGUCUUUGACUGAAACUGAAAAAAAGACGGCUGUUUUAUCGGCGUCUGAUCUGUUGCGGCCGGGGUCUUUGUCAUGGGAGUUUGAGUGCAAAGUUAUUUUUGAAACAAGGAUCUUCUAUUUCAUUUCUUAUUUGAUUAUGACUCCAAUCAUCUUUCUUUCGCUUUUUUCAAUAGAAGUUUUAAUGAAGGAAAAAUUGGGAUUAUGAAAUUCAGGGAUGACGAACGUAACUGCUCAAUUUAUCUGUGAGUGAAUUCAUCGUUACAACAAAAAAGAUAUCAGAAAUCUGAAUAUGUGAACUUAUUUUUUCUCUAUCAUUAGCUCUUACUUGGUAAUUGAUUUUUCUUUUUAUAAUUUUUGUUUUUACAUUAGGGGAUUAGGACAGAGUGAUUCUGAACAUAGCGUCAUUUCUGAUAUCAUUUCUGGAAACAAUUAUUGGGUUAGAGAACAAAUACGAGCGGCUUUCAAACAAUCUGGAUUUGCCAAUGAAAGUGUGGACCGUUAUAAAUUACUUCCAUGUGAAUUUGGGACGUACGUUAAUACUUCUGCUGAAACCAUCAAAUGCAUAGAGUGCCCAGCAGGUAAAUUUAUUCGCAGUUUAUGGAAGCUGCACAAUUAUAUCGUCGGGAUAAUAUGUUUACACUGUUAGUCAGCGCUGUGCUCAUUACGGUUUAAAGGUACUUACAUGUAGUAUUAGAUGGCGUGUGUUUAUUCCUGGAAUACUAAAGUAUCUAUCUAAAGACAACCAUAAGACUCUGGUUGAUACUUUUUCCCCUGUGGAAUAUAAUACUGUAAAGAGAAAGGAACCAAUAAGCUACACUGUUGUUCGAGGUCACUGGCAGCAUAUCUUCAUUGAGUCCAAACCUAUAUUUGUUUGAUUUUGGAGUAAAACGGUGUCACUUCAGGCUGGAAAUUUCAGGUACACAAGUCAACCAAAUAACUGACAGCAAUCCUAUGAUUAUUGAGUGGACAGUGAUGAGGAAAAAUCGCUUUAGCUACAACAUUUAGAAAGUCAUGUUCGCCUUUUGUACCAGAAGUACGUAUAGCUGUUUUUCACUGCCAUCGAAAAUAAAAACCAAAACCGUUCUAUAGAUUAAGUCCAGAAUCUGGGAAAUGAAAGACGUUUAAUAUUCAAAGGAUCUCGAUGUGCUUCAAGUCGGUGCAAUUUUUCACAUGCGAGAUAUUCGGAGAUAUAUAUUAUCUAAUUUUAUAAAGCUUUUGUAUGGUGACGCCAAGUUGUUACGCCUCUGAGAGGCACCAACAUGGCGGCCGAAAAUUAAUAGCAGCGUAUGUUACCGAGAAAACUAGUCGAUCGCUGCCUGAAACAAUGCGAAACAAGGCGAUCACAAGCAGCGAACUUUGAAACACAGAAACAAAGUGGAUGGAAAUGCAUCAAUCACAAGUAAACAUUUGUUUUCUAAGAGGUCCGCUAAGAUGAUUUACAAAUGUAAUUAAGGUGAUUCCCUGGUUUUGCAUUGCGCAUCUCUUACUGCGCAUAACAAGAUGGCCACCGUAAAAAAGAGCAUGUGAAGUAACAGUAUUAAAAUGAAGUUGACCGAAGAGAAACGCUAUUGUAGUUUUUGCUUACGGUUGUUUCUUGCCGAAGUGAGACUCAGUGUGGUGGGAAUGUGCAUAACGUAAGCAGUACGCGUGUUUCUGAAUUCGACUUCCUCACGGAGAACCUCGAUAGUGGAUGUUUAAUUUGUGCUUAUUCACUUUGAUUGAAACGCUUUCUUUAUCAAAUUGUGUCCUAAAUGUGAUAUCUGGAUGUAAAUUCUGUAAAAACGGAUUUUUUAAUACUUUCUUCCCCCCUUUCACAUACAUUCUAUUUUAAAACUCGCCCCAGUCCUCUCUCAAAAAUCAAGGAAAAUGCAUUUGUUGCGCUUUUUCUGCAGCUCUACCGCAAAAACGAGUACGGUGACCCCCAUUUUUUAUUUCAUGAUUUUAAUAAGGACAGUGCUUCCUUUCGGUGAGAAAAAAAUUGGCACAAACCUAUGUUCAGUUUUUUGGCAAUUUUAGUAAAUUGUACGGAUUGAGCUAUCACGUGUAAAAUAGCGCGUGUCCAAUUUAAUUCUACUUUGGAGCGUAAAGUAAAAACAAGGGCAUUAAAAGGCAUUUUUAUGUUACCUAAGUGAAUAAACAAUACAUUAGAGUCAAAUUCUGUGCCAUACCACAUGCAUCAUUGAAAAAUCUUUCUUUUUUGUCUAGUUUUGGGCUGCGCGCGGUUUUUGUCAAAGGGUCCAAAAUAGCCGUAUUUGUCAGCAUUGUGACGUCAAAACGAGCACAGUGACCCCACUUUUUAUUACUUUUUUAUCAUCUUCUUGACUUGUUACAUCAGUGUACCAAGUUUCAUCUACAAUCUAUGUUAGGUUCUUUUACUAGGGAAUCACCUUAAGCCCCCAAAUGUAAUAAGAAUUGAUCACUAAUGUAAUUAAACGACCUUAAUGCUAUGAAAACCAUAUAUACUCGAUUUUAAGUCGGGACACAAAGCACCGCGGCGCUCUUUCGAAAAAUACACUAUGAGCGCCGCCCUCAAACAACCUUAGCAAUACGCGCCACGGCAGUCUUUCGAAUUAACAGAGUUAAUUGGAUUAAAUGGGUUGAAUGCAGUAGAAAAUAGAGUUUUUACGAAAUAGCGCCGCAAGCCUUAUUUGUUUUCCUUCUUUUAUGUGCGACUGUUACGAACUGGGCGGUUCCAUUUCGAAAAAAAAAGAAAUGAAAUAUUUUGUUUUUUUCGAAAGAGCACCGCGGCGCUUAUUUCUGUCCGACUUUUACUGAGGGUGGCGCUCAUCCGAGAAACACGGUUUUGAUAGCAUUUGAAGGUUCUAGUAUAUUUUUUUACCAAUUUGUAUUACAUUUAAGGGCUUCAUUACAUUUGUGGCUUCAACACACAUAUAUUAUACUUUAUUAUGAUAUUACCUUUUAGGCGAUCAGAAUAAAUAUCACGUGACAAUGACGACACGUUAGUUUUAGCUCCAAAUCGAAUUUCAGCCCUUGCAUCGGUAUUUUCCUUGAAAAUGCUUUACCCUACUGCCUAUCUAUAAAUUAGAUAAACAGCAAUUAAACCACAACUCGUUAAUAUAUUUUCUCUAAAUUACUUUUUUUCAGUGCACGUGAUGCAAUUGAUCGGCGUACUAUGAAAUCCGCGAAUUUCAUGUCCAUUGAAAACAAAACUUUUAAAGUUGUUUAACGCAAACCCAUGCCCAAAAUUAAAGCAAUGUCAUAGAUUUGGAUAAUUUCUUACUCUGGGAUUUGCUAUUUGUAGUGUUGUGUCAGUUUAGGUCUUUAGUAUGCGUUUUGUGAACUAAUUUUAAGUGUUAUGAGUAUUUAUACAGCUGAUGGUUUUUUAAAGAGUGGAAAUUAUUUAUUAAGGGUCGUCGUUAGUUGUUUGCUUGUAGCCGGCGUACUUAGGUACUUACUUAACACUUUAGGCUCGAGUUCACAACAACAACAACAAGUACUUUCCAUGCAGCACAAGAUAAUUUUCCGUGCGUGGCUGCCCAUGCCACCGAAAUCUUUCCCAAACAUGGUAAUGUUGUAGAAAGGGAUAAAAGUGAGGAAAGGGAAAACAAUUAGACAACAUACGUUUUAUACGCGAGCUCAUCAGCGUCCGCUAUUUAGAUCUAUUUCCCAGAUGAUAACAUUGCCAAUUUCAUUUAAUUUGUGACACCGUCACUGCCUCUUUUCACCAGUUUUCUCCCUUUCACAACAUUACCAUAUUUCAGAAAGAUUUUGGAGAGCAACCAAAACGGUAAAUUCAAGCCAAUUUUAAGGUAUAAUUACUAGUGUUUUAUAAAACUGGUCCAGACUCAUCCACCUCAUUCCUGCAUUGGUUUAUUUCUCAUAUGUCAAGAGAUAAUAAGCUAAGAGGUCGAGUCCCCCAUACAUGGCCCUAUUCCUAUGAAAUAUAUUUGAAAUCUAUUUUUGGUUCUGGAACUGCGUGGCUAUUUUAAUGACGCCACCUUAUUGGUCGGUUAGAACGGCGUCGUGUAAUUUUACGCUUGACGGUUAAUUCAUUUCACUAACCGUCACGUAGUAAGUAACGUAACGUUCGAACUUUUUGAUAAAACUUAAAUUGUCUUUCGUCAAUUCAAUAUAUUUUGAGAGUUGAGGCAUUAAUCCCAGUAAGUUUUCUGAUAUAUCACACCUACCUAUUAUUUUCCCUUGCUAGUGAUCUUUUUUUAUCCUUUGUUCUUUCAGGAGGUUUCUAUUCGGACACGAAGGCUUUUGUAAACGACGGCUGCCGACAAUGCCCCAGUGGAACUUUUGUCCAUUACAACGAAGCCCCCGGGAAAAGCCAGGUGGACUGCAAGACAUGUCCAGAAGGUAAUGCUCUUAAACUCCCGCACUUACCGCACUAUGGAGCAUAAUAUUAGUUAUUAGUUGAUCCAAAAUCUUCUUCCUUCUCAUUAGCCGAGACCCUAUCACGUGACCUGCAAUUAACUGCCUACAAAUAAUUGUCUGCUCAUGCGCAAUGUCGUCCAACUUUCUUUGCCUACAAAUAAUAUUCUCCUUAUGCGAUCGCUCUUGCGAGAAAAUAGCAGCUUCCCGAAGAACGUUGAGCAAACGCCCCUGGAUAAAGGUGGUUAUAGUUAUAUUUAUGUCCAUAUUGUAUUUAGCCAUAAUUAAAACUAGAGGUUACAAAUAUGUGUGUAAUGCUGCACGCAGAUACUGGGUAUGCGGUGAACUGACAUACGCAUGCAAUUAAUAGAUGUGGGAUAAGGGAGUACAAGGGAGUCACGAUUUCUUUGUGAUUUUGAAAGUGUUUACGCGCGCCACAAUGAGUAAAAGAUAGCGCAAAUUGGAAUAACACAACGAGAGUGGAACGAUUUUAAAUUAAGUUAUGAAGACACUACUGCAUAAGCUUGCUAAUUCCAAUCAUCCAGACAAAACAUAAAUCCAUAUUAUCACGCCUAAAAAGCGAAAGGACAGACAAAAGAAACCACAUGAGACCCAACUAUUAUUUUGCCUCCACUACACAACCGAACACACAAAACAACACUUUGAGGUAUGGUCGCGUCGGUCAGCCAGGCCCAAACACUUUAUUAACUCACGUGAAAAACUCCACUGUUACAGUAAUUCUAAGAACACGCCAGAGCCCUAAACCCGAAAAAACCAACUAUUGGAAAAAUAGGGACCGUGUAACCCCAACUUAUGCUAUGGCGUCGCCUUUGGGGAUAUAAGGCAAAACUAAUAAAAUAAAGCCUAAUAACAUGAAUACGAGCAGAAAACGAGAUGCUACAUAAAAUUGCUAAGAAACAUAGGGACCAGUACAGAAGGCAACGAAAUUAAGGCUAACAGAGUAAGUGAAAACUAAAGUAAACAAAGCAAGUUGACGCGGCGAGGCCGACCGUAGAAUGACACGCAUAACUAAACGGUCACUACAGUGUAUAUCAAACUCCAUAAUCGCGAUCCCUUGCGCGCUACACUAGAACCCAGUUCUCCGUUACGUGCCGGCAAAAUAAUAAUUUAUGUCAAUUCUAAUUUACACUAAUUAUAUAAUGUGCUGCUCGCCUGGGGACUAAAAGCAGAUAGGUAGCCAAUGGCUACAAGUGUACUGUCUAAGGAAGCUGGACUUAAGGGAAAGUUAGAAAGGUGUGAGAAAAGAAAAAAAGAGACGAGACAAAAUAAAAAAAAAACAACACCAACAAAGAAACACUUUCUUUUUGUGAAGAAAAUAGUCAAAUUUUAGUCCAUUUUUAGAACAAACUGCGCCACUGUCAACGUCAUUUGGGACCUUACGAUACCAAGACGGCGACGGUAACUGGAACGUCUAAAACACAAUAGGGUUUUUUUUAUGAGGAAAACAACAACUCUACACGUGCUGUACAUUUCUUUGCCAUCCCUGCACAAUUACGUUGUGAAAUGUCCAAACGGGAGUGGCAAGGCGAUAAAAUGUACUUAUUCUCUCUGAACUAGGACAAUCAGUGAAAGAUUCCGGCAAUUCUACUUUUUUACAAAAAGGUCAACUCUGCUAGUUAAAAACACCAGAAAAACUGCAUUCAUUUUCCAUAGAACAAAAUGCAAAAUUGUUACCUUUUUUGUCUAUGCUUGUCGUUUAGGUUAAAAGUUAAGAAAAGGUACCUUUUUUGAAAAAGAAGUCAGGUAUUUUCAGCUUUCGAGUGAAUGAUAUUUUGACGUCAAUAUUGUCCGCUCUUCAUCCAUUUCUCAACUUAACCAAACGAUGUUUUAAAGCGCAAAAGAGGUACCUUUUUUCGGUUUCAAGCAAUCUCAUGAAAGGCACAAAAAGGUACCUUUUUUGCAGUUGGAAGCGAUGUUCUCAAAAGCGCGAAAAAGGUACCUUUUUGGCAGUUGGAAGUGAUGUUCUCAAAAGCGCGAAAAAGGUACCUUUAAUAGUGUUUUCAAGCCAUGGGAAGCCAUUUAGAAUCCUACUGAUUGACAGAUGUCAUAGGUGUCAUUUUUAUGAAUUUUUUGUCUGAAUUUACUAAUCCACUAGUCAAGAGAUAAAUCUUCCCUGUUUAUUCGCCAAGUUUGAAACCAAUUGCUGAGCUUGACACUGUAACAUGUACAGUGUCAGGUCGCAGUUUUAAAAUCUAUCCCCCUUGCUUGAUUUUGGCAUGGGUGUGAGUCAUCUUGAUCAGUCUUGGAGUGAAGCUGGAAGCAUUGUCGCUGGUUCAGUGGUUAUCAAUGAAUGACAGGUGUUAGUUAUAUUAGUAACCUGAAGAGAAGCCGAGCCAGUCUCUUGUGCAUUUAAAAUGCUUUACCUUAAUGCUCCAGUUUUUCGAAUAACAUCCUCACCCGAAAAAAAAUUCACUAAAAUGCGCGAUGAUGCGAUGAUGAUACGUAUGUGUUAAAACAACAAGAAUGUAUGUUAAUGGAUUUAAUACACCAAAAGACAAUUGUCUAAACAGUGGCAUUUGAAUUCUCUUUAUUUUGACUCUUGAGAAAUUAUUUUCUAUUUGAAAGUUUCUAAUGUUCAUUUCUCUGAAAAAAAAAAUCCGGAAAAUUCCACCAAAGUUCUCGAAAAAAGUGCUGGCUUACUGUACAAAAGUCUAAGAAGAGGAAAGUUGUUCAGGCUUACUCUUAGUAUUUAGUUAGGGGGUGUCAGAGGUACAUGUAUGGUGGCAUUUUUACUGUUAAUGGCUUUACUUCGCCCUGUAGCUCGAUCAAAAAGCACCUGAAGUUAAAUUAUUUAUAUAAUUUAUAUCAUAGCAAACAAAAAUAACCCCAAGACUGAAGUCUCUAAUUUAAUAACCUUUCUGGAGUGAAAAACAUCACCCAGGAAACAAGACAUGCAGUUACAUUAAAAUGACCCGCUCGGAACCCGCUUAGUUUAGACUUAAAGGAAAAUGAACACCUUUGCUUUACAUGUAGGACUUCUUUCAGGUUAAAGUAUUUGCUCCACGCUUAAAGCUGUGCUUGCUGAGCUUCUCUUCUUGCAUCUAGUUUUAAAGUACCAGAAGUUGUUACUAACAUUUUCAGGAGCCAUUUUAUCCAUUUGGCUGGUGGCUAGUAUUUUCGGAUUUCUUCUAGUUUCUCGCUUUUGAGGCCAGCUAAAAUUUCUUGCUCCGGUGAUUCCCCUUGUAGAUCAUUUCAAUUUUAACAGGAUCACCUAGAAUCCUCUAAAAAAAAAGUCUGUGCAUUGUUCAUGGAAGCUCAAGAGGUGCCAACGGAUGACAUAUGUCAAUCAGUAGGAUUUUUAAUGGCUUCCCAAAAGCUUGAAAACACUAUUUUAUAUUUUUAAAAAGGUACCUUUUUCGCACUUUUAACAACAUCACUUCCAACUGCAAAAUAGGUACCUUUUUCGCGCUUUUGAGAGCAUCGCUUUCAACUGCAAAAAAAGGUACCUUUUUGUGCCUUUGAUGAGAUCGCUUGAAGACGACAAAAAGGUACCUUUUUCGCGCUUUAAAUCAUCGUUUGCAUGGCAAAGUGAGAAAUGGAUGAAAAGUGGACAAUAUUGAUGUCGAAAUAUUUUCACUCGAAAGCUUAAAAUAUCCGCCUUUUUUUUUUCUAAAAAGGUACCUUUUUUUAACUUCUCACCUAAUCGACUAGCAUUAACAAAAAAGGUACCAAUUUUGCAUGUUGUUCUAUGAAAAAUAAAUGCAGAUAGUUAAUUUUUCUGCUCUUUUCAAGUAGCAGAGUUGAUCUUUUUGUAAAAAAGUAGAAUUGCCGGAACCUUUUACUGAUUUAGAAUCAGUGAAAGGUUCCGGCAAUUCUACUUUUCUAGAAAAAGAUCAACUCUGCUACUUGAAAAGAGCAGAAAAAUUAACUAUCUGCAUUUAUUUUUCAUAGAACAACAUGCAAAAUUGUUACCUUUUUUGUUAAUGCUAGUCGAUUAGGUGAGAAGUUAAAAAAAGGUACCUUUUUAGAAAAAAAAAAAGGCGGGUAUUUUAAGCUUUCGAGUGAAAAUAUUUUGACGUCAAUAUUGUCCACUUUUCAUUCAUUUCUCACUUUACCAAACAAAACUUUAAAGCGCCAAAAAGGUAUAUUUUUUUCAGUUUGAAGCGAUCUCUUCAAAAGCGCGAAAAAGGUACCUUUUUUUCAGUUUGAAGCAAUCUCUUCAAAAGCGUGAAAAAGGUACCUUUUUGCGGUUUAGAAACGUUCCUAUCAAAAGCGCGAGAAAGGCACCUUUUUUGCGGUUGGAAGCAAUGUUCUCAUAAGUACCAAAAAGGAACCUUUAAAAAUAAAUGGCGUUUUCAAACUAUAUUUGAAAGCCGUUUCAAAUCCUACUGAUUGACAGAUGUCAACCGUUUGGGCCAUUUGAUUUGCUUGAAUUGACUGACCCACUAGUCAAGAGACAAAUAUGGCGGAAUAUAUGGAAAGCAAUGUCACUUUAAUAAGGAAUCUCAUUGAAGACAAUAAAACGUAGUAUAAAUAUCAUGAAUCAGUGAAAGGUUCCGGCAAUUCUACUUUUUUACAAAAAGAUCAACUCUGCUACUUGAAAAGAGCAGAAAAAUUAACUUUUUGCAUUUAUUUUUCAUAGAACAACAUGCAAAAUUGGUACCUUUUUUGUUAAUGCUAGUCGAUCAGGUGAAAAGUUAAAAAAAGGUACCUUUUUAGAAAAAAAAGGCGGGUAUUUUAAGCUUUCGGGUGAAAAUAUUUUAACGUCAAUAUUGUCCGCUUUUCAUCCAUUUCUCACUUUACCAAACGAAACUUUAAAGCGCGAAAAAGGUACCUUUUUUUCAGUUUGAAGCGAUCUCUUCAAAAGCGCGAAAACGGUACCUUUUUUUCAGUUUGAAGCAAUCUCUUCAAAAGCGCGAAAAAGGUACCUUUUUUGCCUUUGGAAGCGAUGUUCUCGUAAGUGCGAAAAAGGAACCUUAAAAAUAAAUGGCGUUUUCAAAUUAUAUUUGAAAGCCGUUUCAAAUCCUACUGAUUGACAGAUGUCAACCGUUUGGCGCCAUUUGUUUUGCUUGCAUUGACUGACCCACUAGUCAAGAGACAAAUAUGGCGGAAUAUAUGGAAAGCAAUGUUACUUUAAUAAGGAAUCUCAUUGAAGACAAUAAAAGGUACAAACAUGUCAGUGAAAUUCUCAGACAAAACUUUCCAGAAGUAACAAGAGGCUUUUCAGAAAGAAACGUGCGAUUGUUUUGUGCUAAAUAUGGGAUAAGACGACUGAACGAAUACGAAGUGGAUUCCAUCGGUCAGGAUUGCGUGAACGAGGUAAGCCUGUUUUUGUUUUGCAUUUUUUGUAUCAGUUUGUUUGAAUAGGGACGUUCCAUUUUUAUUCGUAUCUCCCCCUAUGGAUGAGCAGAUUUCUACCAACUCACUGUUUUGUUGGAAAAAAACUUUUCCUAACCCCUCAUUUUUGUCGGUUCCUUGUUCCUAGUUGUCUGACGAGGAUACUCAUCCAUAGGGGAGGGGGAAAGGAAUAUAAAUGGAACGUCCCAUACGUUUUCAUGUAUGAACUAUUGUCUGAAUAUGUGUCUUUAAACUUUAGGUUGGCCCGACGUACGGACGCAAAAUGAUGACAGGUUAUGUCCGCAGCAAAGGCUUAGGUUUAAGAGGCAAUCAAGUUUCAAAAUCGCUGAGACGCGUGAAUCCAGUGAAUCAUUCCAGAAGAAGAGAAGAUACGGUUCGGAGACAGAAUCCAGUUCCAUAUUAUGCGCCGUACUUCGGCAACAAAUUGCACUGUGAUCAGAACGAGAAGCUUGCUAUGUACGGAUGCACGUUUUUCGCCAUGUCUGAUGGGUGUAGCUCAAAAAUAGUCAAACUGUUUUCUAUGCCAAAGAAAAAUGCACGGAAUGAAAAAAGGCACCCACGAAAUAAAACAGUUAUUAUGAUAACCCGCUCAGUUUUAAUAGACUUAAAAGAAAAAAAACACUUCUCUGCUGUUUGUCGUAGAUCGACGUAGAAUCUGAUAUAUUUUUUUCGCAGAUUAAAAUGGUUGGACUUUUCAUAUAGGACUUUUUUUUAAGUCUUCGCUCCACGCUUAAAAAUGGGCCGGCUUGCUUAGGUCCUCCACAUGCAUCUAGUUUGAAAGAACCAGUAGCUAUUUCAUCCAUAUGGAUGGUAGCCAGUAUUUUCGGAUCUCUUCAGUCUAGUUUCUCAAUUUUGAUCGGCUAAAAGGAGCCAGCUAUUUUUUUUUAGUCCGAUGAUUCCCCAUAGUAGAACCUCGUCCACGUACGUAGGUCGGAAAAUAUGCCAAUAAUGCAGGACGCGAUAAUUAUAAUAUUGCGCGUCCGAGCCAUUUCUGUUAAAUAGCCGGGGCCACUGAGGAAUAGCCUCCCAUACAGGUGUUUGUAGGGCAGUCUGGGAUGGGUUUUGCUCGUUUUAAUUAGAUUCGGGACUGCGAAAUUCGAUUGUAGAAACGGGACAUAGAGUCCCUUAAAAACGUCUGUGUAUCGUUCGUUAGGGGCGCCAUAUUUAGCACAAAACAAUCGCACGUUUCUUUCUGAAAAGCCUCUUGUUACUUCUGGAAAGUUUUGUCUGAGAAUUUCACUGACAUGUUUGUACGUUUUAUUGUCUUCAAUGAGAUUCCUUAUUAAAGUAACAUUGCUUUCCAUAUAUUCCGCCAUAUUUGUCUCUUGACUAGUGGGUCACUCAAUGCAAGCAAAACAAAUGGCGCCAAACGGUUGACAUCUGUCAAUCAGUAGGAUUUGAAACGGCUUUCAAAUAUAAUUUGAAAACGCCAUUUGUUUUUAAGGUUCCUUUUUCGCACUUACGAGAACAUCGCUUCCAACGGCAAAAAAGGUACCUUUUUCGCGCUUUUGAAGAGAUCGCUUCAAACUGAAAAAAAGGUACCUUUUUCGCGCUUUAAAGUUUCGUUUGGUAAAGUGAGAAAUGGAUGAAAAGCGGACCAUAUUGACGUUAAAAUAUUUUCACCCGAAAGCUUAAAAUACCCACCUUUUUUUUCUAAAAAGGUACCUUUUUUUAACUUUUCACCUGAUCGACUAGCAUUAACAAAAAAGGUACCAAUUUUGCAUGUUGUUCUAUGAAAAAUAAAUGCAAAAAGUUAAUUUUUCUCCUCUUUUCAAGUAGCAGAGUUGAUCUUUUUGUAAAAAAGCAGAAUUGCCGGAACCUUUUACUGAUUAUUUAGGACACGUCCCCAUCUUUUAGUUCCAACCUAACUUCCAUAUUUUCAAGUAACUGGAUGGGUGACUUGUUUUCAUGAGCGUCGCCAUUUUCGUAUCGUAAGGUCCCUUCUAACCCUUUGCCCUCAGCCACUUUUAAGGAAAAAGCCGCAUUUUGGACCAAAUCCUUCUUUUUAAACCGUUUUUUCGGCCAGUUAGCUUGCAUGGGAAUAGCUAGAAAAGAGAUUUCCAACACUCAGGACUCAAAUUUCCACUAACUGGAUGAAAUUAAGCGGCUUUUUGUUUUUCGGGCAUGCGCAUAAGCCAAAUUUCGUUUUUCAUUUGCGAAUCUAUUUCGAUAUUUUUUUCUCGCUCUCUUCUUUUUCCUUUUGCCUUUCUUUUUAUAGCCAGUUUUGUUGCCCAGUUUAUCAUCUCUCUUUCGCAUGAAAUUUUGGUUGGGUUUCUUUCCAAAAAAGGAAGAAAUUUAAUGUGUAAAAAGUAGUAGGUAAACAGCAAAAUUGGUGGUGAAUAUUCCGCAAAUGUUGCUUGUUUUUUGUCUGUUAACUGUCCGAAUUAGUCAAACGUACUAAAUGAGGUACCUUUGGACAGGUCUAUCCUCGCUAAUUUUGUUAAUUACCAUUGUUAAAGCUUUUUAAUGGAAAUGUGAAUAGGUCCAGGAAGAAAAAUAUGCAUGGGUCCAUAUGGACCUAAAAUGGCAAAAGUGGACGACACAGAGUUUUAACCCGCGUGGAGUUUCAGGAGAUAUCCAUCACCUUGCAACUUUAGUUGAGUGCUCUCUCUAAAGUUUCCAAGUGCUUCACAUCUCAUAUGUAUUAUAAAUGGCCUGCGUGGCAGGCGCAAAAAGCGAAGGGGGAUGGGGAAGAGAGACAAGUGCGAAAGCGGAGAAAAGGGAAGGGAGCGCCCGCUAUAAGAGCCGAAGUUUUUGUAUACCGCCCACUAUUUUCUCAACUAAUCCGAUAACGUCAACUGACAAUACGUGACCAAUCACAAAUAGUGGGGCUUCUUAGCGUGGUCCCAACUUAAUUACUUUGUUUACCGGGAAUUGUCAAGUCGAGACGCCUUUUUUCAACUAGAAAAAAUUUUACUGUUCUUGCUUCCGCAGCAAAUACGACCAACAUAGACGUUUUUUUACUGCUCGCAGUUUUCGACAAACAAUGACCAUCUUGACAAAGCUCACAAAGAACAAAACAGUCGCCAGCCUGAGACUCGAAUAAUGAAAGGCGAAUUAUUAACAAUUUUCAAAAAGUUCAAGGAAUAGCUUUUACCAAAGCUUCAGCUCUCUCUUUAUAAACCAUUUAGAAGCUCAGUCCAACAAGACCGUAUAUGUUUUUGCGGAAAAGGCGGUCUUGUGAAUGCCUUCAUCAUGUUUGUCUCUCACCAAUUCACGCCAGCUAGGAUACACGCCAAUAAGUUACUUAUUAAGGCUCAGUCAAUCAGGAAUUUGCGGACGCCAGUGUCCGCAGAAAUGAACAAAAGGGGGUUCUUAUAGCAGGUGUCCCUUACCCUCUCUUCCAAAUCCCCGUCCCUUUUUCCCUUCCUCCCUAUCCCAUACCCGGUUCGACGCCCUCUACGCAGGCUAGUUAUAAAUAUCUAUCAUAUAUAUCAUCUGUAUCCUUGAUAUAUACAUCUAUGUACAUGGUAGCUAAAUUUCCAUUGAAAAAAAAAUCCAAAGCAGCUUUGCUACGCUAACUUCAGUUCGUUGCUCAUUUGUGUUAAAGAAAUACGCUUCUGUACCGUUCAGCGAUCUCCUUGCAUUUCAUUUGAGCCGUAUCAUCUGGGCAUUUUCUUCGCUAUUGCUCAAAUUUUUCGCGACCUCGAAACUAACGAAAAACGGAAAUAUGGAAUAUGUACCCGAUGUAUCCUUUGUUGUGACUUUAAAAACAUUCAUGAAGAGGAAUAAAAUGUUUACACAUGGCACAAGCGCACUGUACUCAGAAAUGCAAUGACUCUGUAGUUGUUCCUAGACAUGCUGCUUUCUUCGGUGCCAGUAAAUGUAAGUGGGGGAGCAAAAGUUGGGAGCAAAAAAAAAUAAUAAAUAGCUCAUAAAUAAAUUGCCCGGGAAGCUGUUAUUUCUCAAAUAUGAAAGGACACCGUAAGUGAAAGGGGAACGGAAAAAAAAAGCAAAUCAUGCGUACGUAAGCAAGUAAUAGAUUAAACGAGAAUGUUUUCCUUAAACGAGUACAUGUAUGUUGUAAUGCAUGAUGAAAAAUCUUCUUAUAUAAGCCAUGGCCCUUGGUAUAAAAAUGCGCGAAACUGUUGUUUCUCAAACAUGAUGUGCUAUCCAGCUUUUAUAUGGGUAUGAAACCUCCUGUGACUUAAAGUCACUAAGUCGUGAUGUAAUUAUGCACGUUCUAUUUCCUGCCGUUUUUAUUGUCUGACAAUUGUGAAAGUUCCCAUUAACUGAUUCUUGGCGCGCAAAUUGUGCAGACACGUGCCCAGAAAUUCGUCUUCAAACUACUACUUCAGUUGCAAUUGUAGCAAUUGAUGGGGUUUUUUAAGUAUUUAAAUCGGGAAAUCGAAAGAAAAUUAAUAGAAACGAACUUUCAGGCCGUCUGUUGCUUUAAAAUGAAAAUGCCAUGUGAUGUAGUUGACAGAAAAUUUCUCGAAGCCAGGAGAGAGGGUGGUACAUUAUUUUUUCAACGACAAAUGUAAAGCGGAUUAUUGCUUUUAUCUUUUCUAACUGGGCCCUGUAACAUUUGGUGAGCAACUCUCACUUGAAAAAAAAAAAAAAAAAAAAGCACAGGCUGAGUGAAAAGAAAAUACUUUUUUAAAUCAAAUACCUCGAUUUGGGUUUCAAUAGUGGAUUAGGCACUUUUACCUACGAAACUUGUGCCUUGAGAAGCCGAGGUCAUGCAGCUUUGUUUGUUAUACCAGAGCUACAUGUGCAUGUAUUCUUUAAUGCUUUGGAUUUGACAUUUUAUUUUAAGAAUAAUAAUUCUAAGGAAGGCAUGAUGUAGCUGCUUGUGAGGGUUGGUCUCACUCCGCUUUUCAAAAACACGGGAAUUCCGAAGUUAAAAAGUCAAAUAGGUUAGCUGCUGUCAGUAAUCUUGGGAAACCAUCUUAGUAAACCUCUUAGGGAGUAGAUAUUUACUUGAACGAGUUUAAAAGGUUAGGAUUUUGUUUUGUGAUUGGUGGAUUUCGAUCUGUUUUGUGUGUUUCUGUUUCGUUCGUUGUGACCGUAAUGUUUGACAGCAGCGAAAACACAAAUAGAACCUGGCUUUUAAGAGCCGUUGUCAGUAAAUAUCGAGAAUCCGGCGCCAGAUCAAAAAAUUCGAAUUUUUUUUUCAAUUCACCAAAAAACAAUAUUCAAAAGUUCCAGCUUAGCUCGGUUUUUGCGAAAACUUUGAAAGUUUAAAAUCGGCCUAAACCUGGUCGAAGGCCUGAAGGAACUUACGCAAAUUAGGGCAUUUUAAAACGCUCGUACGAAAAAACGAAAGGUAAUCUAUAGCUCAUCUUUACAAAGUUUGUUGCACAUUUCUUAAAGUUACUUUCAAGCUAUACUUUAUCUUGAUCUAGGCUUUCUUUCUCUUUUUAAACCCGUGCAAAGAAAGUAAUGUUUCGUGCUUUGUUGACACAGUGAAUUCUACCAUAUUUCGAAUGUUAUAGCAUCAAGGGUAUAUAUAUUUAGCGGCUGUGAAAGGGUUCUUUUAAAUGAACCAUUCUUCCUGUUUGUCAUACUAAAAGCUUGUUUUUGAUUCCCCAAAAGCGAGCGCGCUAGACGAAAAUGAAUCAAGUAAACUUUUACGAUUUUUUCGUUCUUAAUGUAUUAAGCUAACAUUGAUAGUAGUAACACAUUCUCCUCAUCAAGAACCUUGCUGUUGUUUGUAAAACCACUUUUUGUUAAUUAAAAUUGAUAUAUUUUACCUAAGGAACAUUUUACAAAGCAUUCCAUCUUUAUUACAUACGUUUUGGCGUCCUGGUGAAGUGUUCUGGUAAAUUCUAGAUAAGGCGUGACAAACUUAUGCAACAACGGGUAGUAAAAAUUUUCGGCUCCUGCUGCAUGCCGACUGUCGCGACUGUCGGUCCUGCUUAAGCCCACAUUCUGCUUUUCUGCUUCCAGACCAUCAAAAAAAAAAAAAAAAACAUAGAAAGGUAAAAAUAACCAUCUGCGGAUUACUUUAUUUGGAAAAAUUCAAGUAGUCACUGAAACUUGACUGGACAAAAAAGAUGUUCAUACUGUUGGGCAGUUGCACUUAGCAGAUAAGCUCUGAUUUACGAUCUAAUCACUUCUUCAUUUAAUUCAAGGGAAAAGUACUUACUUGUUUGCAAACCAAAAAUUUAAAGCGAACCACAACACAUUCGAUGAGUUAAAAACCUGUCAUGCUGGCAACCAGCGACGCGAUGUUGCGUGACAAUUAUCAUGAAAUUGAAAUGCGAUACACUUGUUUGGAAGACGUACCCCAAAAAGCAUCCUAAAAGAGACGGCCAAAUACGGGCUGUGUUUUUUUUCCGCUGUGGUUACCAUUACCAACAUUUCAGCUUUGGAACUGUCUCUUGAAGAUCUUGAGAAUCGCUCAUCCUGGUUUGCCUCAAAUUAUUUGUCCGUCAAUGCCAAGAAAACCCAAGCGAUGAUCCUGGUAAGCACUCCCAUGAACCUGCUCUUCAUAUUGGCGACUCUGUUAUCGGAAUAAAAUUAAUGGCUUCCUGAAUAUUCUUGGUGUUCAUAUCGACGAUAAGUUGUCCUUUAACGACCACCCAUUAACUUUUAAAGAAGGUCUAUGCCAAGGUUGGGGCUGUGAGACGACUUAGAAAGCUGGUGCCUGCUGACAUCGCACUUAUGCUGUACAAGGCUUAUAUACUUCCACACCUUGAAUAUUGUAGGCCAUUACCAUUAGGGAUUAACAAAACUUUGAACAAGAAACUUGAAUCUGCAAACUAUCAGUAUGAAAUUUAAACCCAUGAAAAUCCAGUGAAAUUUUUCAUGGUAAAUUCACAUGUUUUUCAUAGGUUUUUCGGGAGAUUUUGAUGGCGAAUUUUCAUGGGUUUUUCACGGAAAAAUACCAUGAAUAUGGCAUAAAAAUCUCAUGAAAAAAAGCACGGAAAUCCCCUAAUAUUCAACGCUUCAGGGCCCAUGAAAAAACUCUAACAAACAAAAACCCACAAAAGUGAAGCCAACCAUGUUUUUUUUUUUCAUGGUUUUUAAUAAUAAUGAAAAAGCCAUGAAUUGAAAAGCUAUUUUUCAUGGUGUCAGAAUUUACAUGUAUGGGGUUUUCAUGGGGGUUUUUAAAUUCACGAGUUUUCCGUGAACGGUUGAAUAUUAAUGGUUCAUGAAAAAUGACAUGGCUUUUGAUGACAUUUUUUUAACAUUACCCAUGAAUUAUGCCCCAUGGCUUAUUUUUCAUGGGAAAGACAGAGGACAUUUCAAGGCCACCAUGAAAAUUUAGUCUUAAACUAUUCUCGAUUGUUAAAUCAAAUACUUCACGGAGGAUUUGUUGGCUGGUUAAUUUGAAGCUAUAUACAUGUAGCAACAACCCUAACCCUAAAUAAAAGCUAACCGUUUUUGGAGUCAGUGCUUAACCCUAAUUACUAAUCUCUGGGCUUAUUAAAAAAAAAAAAAAAACUCAGUCUGCAGUCUGCAUGGUCUGCGUUUUAACAUGACUGCACUUUAGUAUGGUGUACGACAGUGUAAAUCAGGCCAUUAAUGACAAAAAAAAUGUCAUUGCAAUACAAAAUUCAUCUGGAAUACAUGUACAUACAAGUAGUACUGUAUCUCCUUUCCAGGCUGCAAUCAUGAUGUUCCAAAUUUCACCAUUGAAAAUGGACAACAAAUUUCAAGGGUUCCAUCCUAUUUAGUUUGGACAAGCUUCAAUGAAAUAAAAAAAGCUUAUUUUCAAGGCCAAUACAGAUGUUUAUUUAGCUAAUAGCAAAUGAACAGUACAAGACAAAUCAUUUAAGUGAAAACUAAAGUUGUUGCGUUACAAUAAUCUUAUCUUUGGUCACUGUUGUUGCCUCAGCCAUCGGAUCCAUCUUGUAAGUACAAUUGAAAUGCAGCAACAUCUAAACAAAAUUAACAGCAGAAUACAUGUCAAGAUUUCAUGUAGAAUAUUUGAUCCAUCCUUAAAUAAUAAAACAACAGUUUUAAUGAUGCAAACCACACAAAAGGAUAUUAUUUUUAAAAUAAUCGAUUCAUUAAUUAAAUAUAUGGAUAAGCAGGCUUUUUUAGAAGUCAAGCUGGCUUUUUUGCUCUACUGCAUCUCUAAAAUUCUCCUAUGUCCUUGUUUUGGUUUGCAAAUUCAGCUGGUGGUAAGCUCUUUUUCAGCUGGUUGAACUAGCCGGCAGCCGGCUCUUAGCGACAUCCCUGCUAGCCGGUGUACAGACCCUCCCCCCCUCCCCUUAGUAAAAAUCGGAGAAGGGACGUCUAGGAUUCACUGUCACUAAUCGUGUAUGGGAAUAACUUUGCAUAAAUUAAAAAAAUAGUUUCUGCUGACCAAAAUAAUUUCCAUGGCUCAUGUUUCAUGUCAUUCCAGUUCUCAAAAUGUCAGUGCAUGCGUCUUAUUUCCAUCAACUAACUGAGAGAGGGAGACAUUUUUAAAAUAGGUUUACUCUACACCGAGCAAGAAAAAUGUUCUUACAAGCCCAUAUUAAAGGAAAAGAUUCAUGUUCUUAUGCAAGCCUUCGCACUGGAUACGGAAAGUCAUCAGUUUGAAAUAAAGUGUUGACAAGUCAGACAUGACUCAUGAGCUCAUCAAAGUGUGAAACGUGACCUUAGCACUAUUAUUUUACUUGAGCAACAAAAAUUUUCCUUCUUUUCUUUCUAGCGCGUAGUGCUUUCUAGUGCAUGGACUACCAUAAACUUUGACUGAACAAGUUUUAUUUUUGCCUUUGAUUCUUGUAGAAGCUGGUAUAUGUCUCAUGCAUAUUAAAUUAUUAUUUCCUGUGGUUUUGUGUUAUUGUUUCUGUACGUGUUUGUGAAAGAAUUUGAUCUCAGAUGCUGUAUAUAUUAGAACCGGUUUUUCUUUGACCUCUUUGAAGCCUAAAGCUUUUUAGUACGGCUAAAGAACCUUUCAAUAAAGAUUUCAGUUUCUUUUCCUUUCUCCGAAAUCCCUGGAUUUGAAAAACUACAUGCGUGUAGUUGUCUGUAAAGGUAAUAAUUUUCUGGUUACCUGCUACGUUUUGAUGACGGGCCCUAAAGCCAAUCAAAAUCCCUCAAUUACAUGAUGUACACACUGUAGUGAUCUACAAAAACAGCCAAUCAAAUCAUUUUCCACAUAUUCUCCCGGACAGGAAAAAUCAUGUGGCCUCCAUACACGAUUAGCAAUGGCGAAUCACAGACGCCCCUUCUCCGAAUUUCACUGAGGAGAGGGGGCGCUUGUACACAGGCUAUAUCCCUGCUUACCCUGGCACGAUUGUAAACAAUCUGUUUUAAUACAUACAUGUAAUAUUUAACUACUGUUUUACUGUUGUCAGGUUUGUUGAAAUGAAUUUUGAACAGUUCCAUCAGCAGAGCCAACCAUUUAUAGCACACUGUAGUUCAACUUUUCUACCCUAGCUAAGCCAGCUACAGUAAUGCAGACAAAGAUCAACUUCUUCCCCUAUUAAAAAAAUCCCCUACUUUGACGGAAAAUAAUAUGCUCUAGUGCUUAAUGAUCAGAACAACGGAGUAACUGGAGCAGUUGGAAUUGACUGAUGCAUAACAAUUUCAAGGUUAGAAUAGUGAGACUUUUUGUGUCAAACACAACUUUCAUUUUGGUCACAUGCACAUCCGGUGUCUAAACAAUACUUCUUUCAUUUCUGUUCUAAUCAAGGUUAUGACCCAGACGACGAUCGAAUAGUAUCCCAUGAUGCACUUUGUUUCAUGUUAUAUUAUCACUGCAUACGUGACAUAUCAUGAUCAGUAAUCUUCAGCAUCCAAAAAUGAACAUCGGGGUGCUCGAUGUGGAUGGUUUCCAAACAUGUUUCGGUUCAGUAGCUUCUGCUAUUGAGAUUUUCGAAUUGACUUAUAUUCACUAUGCUUUAAAGGAGAAUUUCAGCGCUACUUUGACUCAGAAGGGUUUUACAUGUGUUUCACUGAUCUGUCGAGAACUACUUGUGUGCUCGGUCGCACUGUAAACACAAAGUGACUCGGCAACUGUUAAGCUUCGCUAGGUUCACUAGGAGAACCCAGGCCUGAGGAGAACCAAAACCAUGACUGAUCUAAAAAGUGGUUCCAACAAAACAGCCGCUACGCUGUGAAGCUAAUUACCAAAGGAGGAUUUAUUACAGCAUCGCACUCACAGAAGCUCAGUUUACAACAACAGUUACAAAUAAAAUUUAACCUAUCGAUACAACAAACAAUUCUCUGAAGCACAAUCUACCCGGUACGGACUCAAGCAAUCUUCAAGGAAAUUUCCUGGCCAGAAUGCUGAUCUGUUCUUUUGAAUAAAUAAAGUUUCUGAUGUUUCUUUUUCAAAUUCUGAGCAGGCCUGUUUACGUUGUGCCGGCUUGCAUGCUGCGUGGCACCUUUCUUUGGGUUCCUAUCACACUGAAACACACCAUUUAUAGUCACUGCUCCUUCUUCGAAUUAAAAUAAUUGUAGUCACAUUCCUUUUAAAAAUAACCACUUUGAAAAUACAAAGUGAUUGCUUCAGCAUAAAGCCCUCUCGAAAGCGCCCAACAGAUUGUAGCCUUCAGCUGACUUUACCCAUUAUAUUAUCUCACAUGGCGUUGAAAUGUGAUAAAAGAUUUGAAAUUUCAGCCAUCUUUGGUCGAUAAAAAAGUCUUCAAAAUGUGGGUACUUCUGGGUACUUCUCAGCCUGUACAAUAUUCAUGACUUCAUUUUGCCGGCGUGAGGUAUAUUCCGAAAAAUCUUGAACAUUCAUGACCUUGUUGUGGGUCACUGAACACUUUGUGAUGGGAAGACUAAUUGAAACCAUGAAAAUAAAUGUUUCCAUGUGCAAGCUUCCCUCUCAAGCCACUGAAAAUCGACAAAUAACGAAAUAAUGCAAUUUUCUUACUUUUACUGGAAAUCGAAUGAGAAAAACGACCUUAUUUCACGAUGGAAUCUGCCAUGACUGCGAUAUUGCGUGAUGUUUCUGGAGAAAUGCAUCAUGGGAUACUAUUCGAUCGUCGUCUGGUUAUGACCCUUGUACGGCUUUUCCCAGAGUGAAUCCUUUCGUCGAAGAAACUGGUUUGUCGCUUGAAAAAAAAAAAUAUCGUCAUGCCCAUCAAACAUCAUUUCGGUAAAAGUGAAUGGCUAAAAAUAAACUUAACAUAGACCAUGCACAGCUUCUGUCAGAUUGUGUUCCGCUUCUUACAUCAUGAUCAACUGUAAUCGCGGCUCUGUCUGACUGUGCCCCAGCACACAACAACGAAACUAUGAUUAUUUCGCUUCAGUAGAAAGUAAUCUACAAUAAACAAGCACUACCUAGGAAAAACAAAACUCACCUAAAAUCGCUUCCCCAGUGCGUUUCCCGAAUCCAGCCGAUGAUCUGAUAUCAACGGUGCGAAGUUUUCGUUACAUGUUACACAAAAAAGAGAAGCGAUCGAUUAUGCUUCCUCACAGUCGCGCAACAAGUGAUGUUUCUUAAACUUUUGCGCUAAAGGUUUAAACAUGACUGUUUUGAAUUCACAGAUUCUUCCUAAAAUUACAAUCACAGCUAACAGCCGUUAGUUUCACUUUGAACCGCCCUCAAACCGGUUUGCCUUGCGACCGCGCCGACCGGGCCUGUAAUUCGAACAUCACUGCUGACCAUUUUUACAGCGUGAGCACUGAAAAACCAAUCGAGAUUUUCAACUUGAAGGCGAGUUUUUGGGGAAUUUACGGUGCUGUAAUAGUUUUACAGGGAACAAGAUCGUCAGCUACAUCAAACCGGAAGAUGGACCAGUCUUUACAGUGGACAGUGAGGUACGAUAUGUAGCGAAGCAUUGUCACAGAUUAAAGCUAACAAGAUACUCAUGUACGUACUGCAUGUGUAAUAUUUCCGUACAACCAUAUUCAGAUCAUAGCUUACAUGUAAGCUUAAGUCUUAUGUUUCGAUUCCCUUCACAUCAACUAUUUGUGUGAAAUAGUAUGAAAUGGCUGUUGCAAGCAUAAUGUAUGAGUGGGGCCGUUGCCCGGCCGUACAGAAAUCCUAAUUAUCAAACUGGAACCUGACAGCGGCAAAGCUUUUCUUUUGAUCACAAGAAACCUGAAGAAAAGUAAGCUUACGUUUUAUUCUUGUGUUUAUUCUUGUGCUUCUGUUAAGGCCGUCCUCACCAUCGUAUAAUCUCUUAUGCUUAUGCUUGCAUCGCAAAAACUGCACUUGCAUGUACAUUUUAUUACACACGGUAUUAAUUUAGUUCUGUUCUGGUUGGUAAAUAUACAGUUUCAUUGGAGAGUGGCUUAUAAAAUGGUUUGGCUCAUGGUAGUGAAGAUGAGUGGACUGGUUUAUAUGUGCGAGUACUAAAAGAGACAUUGAUCACAACAUUCAGUAUUUUCAAUAUGGCAUUAGUCCAUUGCAAUGUAUUAUUGAUACCAAAAUUUAACUCUCCAUUUUUUUUUAUUUAUUUGACUGUUUUGUACAGCAAUAACCACAAUAUGCAUUUUCUUGAUUACUAUUAUUAUUAUCAUAUGUCAAGAAGCAAUGAGUUUAUGUAGUUACAAUUUAUACAAAAGCACUGGCUCAUAUACAGCUGUUUCGAGAAAGGUUGUCGGAAAAAGUGCAUGCGACAAUCCCGAAAGGUAUUGUGGGUGGUUUUUAGUUCACUGUUUUUAAAAGAAAUUUCAAAGAAUGGCAGGAGGGGCCAUGGACAUAUGUUUGCGAGUGCUAAAGGAAAGCAACAAAAGUAGGUUCGACAGCUACAGUGUCAGGAACAAGUCAUUGAUCAUAUCCCUUAUUACCUUUCGCCAUUGUCGCGUGCACAGUUUUUGCGACAACCUUUCUCGAAAUAGCUGUAUACAACUGUCCAUGUGUUGACCUUUUCCCUUUUUUUUUCUUCUCUUUUGCAAAAGUUAUGAUUAAUCAUUAUUAAUCAUUAGUCUAACAGAACUUCAUGUCCUCUAAUUCAGUCAGUAAUCAUACAGUGUUGUGCAGCUGUACUCUUGAUUAAACAAAUUGGACUACCGCUACACAGUUGUCUGAUUUUGUUAAACACCUGUACAUGUAUGAUUGCAGACUGAAUUGGACUGCACUCAGUCUUACUGAAAUAGUGAACCUACGUCUUAUUUGCAGAACCUCCAAUUUUGAGCAAAUUUUCAGUUGCUAAUUGUGAUAUUAAUCAUUUUUUGACAGGUUCAGUUUUCAAAUAGAAGGGAGAUUUACUACCAAGGUUCAAGCAGUGCUAUGGGAGGCAACAAAUGCAGCUAAGAAUUUACACAUUUUAGCCUGUAAACUGGAUUUACUUAACCUUCAACACUGCAUUGUAUAUAUAUAUAUAUAUAUAUAUAUAUUUUUAUAAAUGUCUUGCUAGCCUCCUAAGUGUAUGUUUUCAACAAGUACAUGACUGUAUUUCUACAUGUUAAAAUGGACUGUUAAAAUUCACAAUACUACCAUAAACCAGGGGUUUCAAUAAAAAUUGAAGUAGCCAGCAGGUUUGAAAAAAGUAACUGACUGUAUCGAAAAGAGGCUUUUAUUAUUCCCCUUCUUCUAGAGGGGUCUGGGAGCAUGCACCCCUUGAAAAUUUCGACAUUUCAAUGCCCUAAAAUGCAAUUUCCAAAUUUCUGGGCACCAAAUUGAGUACAAAAGAUAAUUUUAUUUUCGAUCAAUUUGGACACGUAAUGCACAUUAAGUCCCAAAUUUUUCUUAAUUAUUUUAAAUCUGAAGCAAAAAGUCUGUCUAGGUCCAGCAAAUUGAAUUUUAUUAUAAGUUUUUACAGAAUCUUUCUUUAAUUCAGUACUUUAUUUCCAGCUUUCAAUUUAAGGGGAAAAAGUAGCCGACGUGUCUUGUCGGUCGUUGGUGCUUAUUGAAACCCCUGAUAAACUAUUAAUAAUGUUUACAAUGUACAGUAGUCACUGUUGUUGGUAAAUUUUGGUUACCUUUUUUCAAUAAAAUAGCAUUGUUGGCCUUUGAAGAUGCCUCUUUAUUGAAACAUUUUUUGUAACUGUCCUUCUGUACUUUAGAAAAUAAUGUAGCAUGCACUUUUCAACCCAGGCAAGCUCUUGCCUCUUUAUCAUGAUAUCCAGGAAUAAGUAUACACAUCUGAAUAGUAUUGUACAUUGCAUGUUUAAGAAACGAUCCAGAUAAGAACGAUAGCAACAACGGCAACGAACAUGUUGGAAUGUAAAAAAGGUGCUAACUUUUCUAUCGUCUGUACUUACUCCUGACUGGCUUAAACAACAAAAGUUAACAAAACUUCAUAAAGCAGUACAUAUAUUCAUCCUUACUUUCCAACUAUCUUCCAUAUAACAAAAUCUGGUCUCAGUUUGAAUAACAAAGAAAUCCUAUGUGGGGAACAUGUAAAAUUGUAAACUUUUCUUGGCUAUUGUUUUCAACUCUUGUGAUUGGCCAAAAUCUUUUAACACAAAAAAACACCCUUUCAAAGUGGAGUGUAAAUGCAUUUUAUUGCAUAAACGGUAAAAAUGAGAACAUUCCUAUGUGGAGUAAGCACCGUUGCUGCAUAACAAAAGAAAUUGCUAUCCACCUUACCUGGAUCAUUACUUAAAGGGUCAGGUUCACGGUUAAGCGCAUGCUCAUUAAUUAAAUUACUUUUAUUAUUAAUUAUAUUGGUUAAUGAUCCCACUCACAUGUAUCUCAGAGAUCUCAGAGUGUAUUUCAAAGUAGAAUUGUAUUUCAGAGUAACCUGAAGUAGGAUGGAGGAGUACAAAAAUCGCAGAAAAAAUUUAUUAUGAAUUAUGCCAACAUUACCAACGUUGAGUUUAUUGUUGAUCCGAAGGUUUUAUUCCAUGGUUGAUUAAUUUACAGCUAUUUGCAAAUAUUGAAGUUGAUCAAAAAUGCAAGUGACUGCCAGGAGAGUGUGCAGAUUGGUUCUUUGACAACAUUAUGACAUGAUCAUAUUGCUUGCAUAGACGAUACAGCAUGUCCCGGCAGAAAAACAGCAUUUUGAUAAAUAAGCAUGCACUGAACCGUAAACCUGUCCCUUUAAUUCAUGUUGAGUAGCACAUACAGUACAGUCAACUUUCUUUUAACAGGUACUUGGAGCCUGUUCGUAUAUGUGUCUGUCUUAAUCUUUAACUAUUCGUACAAUAGACAAAAACUUAGAUGCCGUGCUAGCUGGUCCCAGAGUGGAUCUCUCUUGUUGAAAGUUGACUGUAAAUAGUGCAGUCCAAAGUACUAGUUUCGUUAGGGUAUAGCUUAUUCUAGUACAACCCGAAAUGUACUAAUUCAUUUACUGAAUACAUGUACAUUUUGUAUAUAUUGUGGAAUGCAGUGUUCUUGCUGCAAAGUCAUCAAAUAUUUAUUCAAGGCAUUAAUUCACAGUGGAACUGCUUUCCUCAUCAGCAUUUUCAUGGGAAAUUAAUGAGACAUGAAAUCAUUCAUACAUUUUUCAUGACUCACAAAUCAAAUUCAAUAUUUAUUUCAUGACCCAUUAAACGUUUUUCAUGGCUCCAUCAUUGAACUUUCUAGGUAUGUUUCCAUAAUGUGGUGUUUCAUUGGAAAUUCAUAACCCAUGAAAGUCGUCCAAUUUAAUUCAUGGGCCAUGAAACACCUUUAAUUCUUUUUUCCACGAAAAUUUAAUGGCCACAGAUGAGGUCAUGAAAAGUUAUUUUGCAAGAUUCAUUAGCCGUGAAAUGAUGUUCAUGAUAUUUUCAAGUGAGUUUCAUGGGAUUUUCACAAAUCUCAGUUUCAUAGUAAUAUUAAGCUUUAAAAGCCCUCUUAAAUUUCGGAAACAGCUUUGAUUAUGAUUCCUUGUUGUCGCUAUAAACAUGCAAUCACUGGAACAUGGACGGUACUAUCAAUCUCUUAUCUUCCUUUUUAAAUGUAUAAAACGAAAUAGGGCUGACUAUAUUCCUGAUUUAUUCGAACCUCGUAUAUUGCGCUACAAUGAAUGAUUUUCCAGUAAUCGGACACUUAGUUAUGCGCACAGGAUUAUGGGAUCGCCAGGGGGCAAACAUUACAAGUCGCUACAAAGAAAUGGAAUCCGGAAGUUUCGUACCCACGGACGUUUCGUACCCAGACGAUUCGUACCCAAAGUUGAGAUGAUUCGUACCCAACUCUAAGAUGAUUCGUACCCAAAGCUUAGUUGAUUCGUAACCAACUGCCGUUUUGAUAGUAACACAUUUUUAAUCAUAUCUCUCUCAAAACAAUCUAAAAUAAACAUUUAUAUAAAUCAGAACGACUCGUUACCUACGCCCGAGUUAGAUCAAAUUAUAACCACCGCUCACUUUCAUUUGCGUAGACUCGUGACGCGUGAGCGGCGCAGAUACUAAAGGAGGUGAGACUCUUCAUUAACAUACAACUCAAAAGGAAAUGGUACUUACACGAAAUUAGCUUGUUCCCACUUUUCACGGCUGGGUCCAAUUUAUAUGUCGAUGUCUGAACUUGUCGAAUCAUAAACUUUUGUUAGUUCAUGCGCUUUCACGCGAUCCAUUUUGUUAACUCGUUCGCUCUCACACGAGUUAGAUGAAAUUAACCACCGCUCACUUUCUUUGUGUAGACUCGUGACGCGUGAGCGGCGCCGGUACUGGAGGAGGUGAGACUUCAGAUUAGUGAAAGCCUUAACUUAAACUAUGAAAACACACUGUUUACAACAUGAAGACUUGGUUAUUGCAUGGGUAUGAAUCAUCUAAGCUUUGGGUACGAAACAUCUAGGCCUUGGGUACGAAUCAUCUUAGCGUUGGGUACGAAUCAUCUUAGCGUUGGGUACGAAUCAUCUCAACUUUGGGUACGAAUCGUCUGGGUACGAAACGUCCGUGGGUACGAAACGUCCGGUAAGCAAAGAAAUGUAUGGCGUGGAGCUGUUUCUCCGUUAGAAGCAGUGUCUUUGGACAGAGAAUGCAACAUUUUGCCAUGAUUUUAUGAGAAGCGGAGGUGACCAAUGUUGGUGCGAAGAAAUUGUAAGUCUUUGUGGGAUCAAUGCGAUGAAAUCUAUCGAUAAACACUGAUUCUUGCGAAAGGUCGACUGUGAAUUUACUAAAUGGUCUCGAAAUAUAUAGUACUAACUUAGGUAUAAAUGAGCGGGGAUUGCGGACUCAUUUAAGCCUUUCCAGUUAAUACCCAUGUGCUCAUAUUUACAACAAGUGUAAUUACGCUCCGCUCGGCGGCAAUCACAAUGCUGUGCCGGUUUGUGACAACGAUCAAAGGUAAGCUUAUGUAUUGUCGAAUUUGAUAUGUAUUAAAUUUAAAACAAAAACAUCUUCCGCACAUUAGUAUAUUGAUUUCUUCUGGCCAAAAAAACACAAGCGAAUUGUUUUGUCAUGAUCCAGAGCACCGAUGACUUCUAAUGCCUUUUCCAAUUAUUUUGAGGGAAGAUAUAGAAUCUCUGAAUUUCGCACAUCAACUUGGUAUUUAUUUUCAAACUCACCGCCUUUGUAUCGGAAAUCUUACUCGUUCUUACGAUUUCUGCCUCAUCUACUAAUGAUUAAAUACCAUGUACUUUCCAUGAAAUAUUUUGUAGAUGUCACUUUGUUUAUACCAAAGUAAAGGAGGAUUUUUUAUUUUUAUGGCCACGUACAUACCUACGAUUGUUGUCUAGUCAUAACCCGCAAAGCGCCGCACAGCCGGCAGGACUUUUCCGCGGGUGGCGGGUGACGGGUGACGGGUGGCGGGUGACGGGUAGCGGGUGGAGGAUGAGGGGUAGCGGGUGACGGGUGGCGGGUGGCGGGUAGCGGGUGACGGGUGGCGGUUGGCGGGUUAAAAAUAUAUACGAAAAUAAAAUAUUAUAACAAAAUAUUAUUAUUGAUAAUGAUAUAACUGUAUGUUGUAAUUUUGAAAUUAUUUCAACGUUUACGUACUAGUUACCAGACUCCAAAUAAAAGUAUUGUCUUGUUUUGUUUUAUCUACUUUAAUACACGGACUAAAAAUGGAAAAAAAAACGAGAAAUCAUGCCUGUGAAAGAUGAUUGCACUUCCCCAACUGUUUAGCCGUGUUUAUAACAGACUGCAAGAGAUUCGGCCUCCCGUGUCGUAGCUCAGUUUUUGCCCUAGUAUGCGGAAUGAUUGCCAUCCUAAUCGGUAUUUUUGAGUAGUAUUUAAAAUAAUGCAGAUCCUUUUUGUAUAUAUAUACAAGGAGAUCAAUUCGCGUCUCAGACGCCACAUGCGGCGAAAACGGUCCAUGCUGUGUCCAAAACGUUCUUGCUCCUUCUCUGGUACGCAUUAACAUUGACAGCUUUGUUGCUUUAGUCUUAGGAAAAUUUCCUUGUUUUCUCGAAAUAGACACUUUGUUCAUUUUAAACUACAAGUCGGGAACCAAAUUGACAAAGAUUUAUCCCACGGGCAAUGCGAUGUUUAUCCCAACUUAUAACAAAAGAACAAACGCACUUGUCAAAAAUCCGAGACACUGUUCAAACAUGUCGAGAAGAGAAUGCGAUCUUACUUGUCUGGUGGCAGGAAAAAUAUUACUUUAAUUUUUAUGAGUUCCUCAAGCUAUCUCGUGCAUGCGAUAUCGUGUAGAAUAAUAGAAUCUCUUGCAGUCUGUUAUAAACACGGCUAAACAGUUGGGGAAGUGAAAUCAUCUUUCGUCUUGAUGUGGAAGAAAAAGCAAACUAGACAAACAAGAUCGAAAAGGCAAUGUGUCUUGCUUGACAUAGCCCGUUUUCAUUUGACACACCGCGUGUAGCCUGACGAAACGUCACUUGCGGUGCGGAGCAAGGAGAGGUGACUGUUUUCACAGGCAUGAUUUCUUUUUAGUCCGCGUAAGUAGAUAAAACAAAACAAGACAAUACUUUUAUUUGGAGUCUGGUAGCUAGUACAUAAACGUUGAAAUUAUUUUAAAAUUACAACAUACAGUUAUAUCAUUAUCAAUAAUAAUAUUUUAUUAUAAUAUUUUAUUUUCAUAUAUAUUUUAAACCCGCCACCCGCCACCCGUCACCCGCUACCCCUCACCCGCCACCCGCCACCCGCUACCCGUCACCCGCCACCCGUCACCCGCCACCCGCGGAAAAGUCCUGCCGCCGCACAGCGGUGAUCGCGGCCGAGCGUAGUUACACUCGUCGUAAAUAUCACCACACGUAAUUAUAACUUAAACGCUUACAUGAACCAAUCCCCCUACAUGUAUACCAAAAUUUGCACUAUAUAUUUCGAGACCUUUUCUUCGAAUUCUUCAUGUCUGUGUAAAUUCAGUAAACAUAAAUUUCACACUCAACCUCACGCAAGGAGUGUUUAUCGAUAGAAUUUAUCGCAUUAAUCACACAGAAACUUGAAAUUUCAACGCACCAACAUUAGUGACCUCCGUUUCUCAUAAAAAUCACGGCAAAAUGCGGCAUUCUAUGUCCGAAGACACUGUUUUUAACGGAGAAACAACUCCACGCCAUACAUUUCUUUGUAGCGAUUCACAAUGUUUGCCCCCUGGCGAUCCCAGAAUCCGAUUACUGGAAAAUCAUUCAUUUAAGGAACAGAGAUCACAAUCUCACUCAAACAUGCUAUAAUAAUCGAUACUAUCACAAUUCUUUUACUUGCAAAGCUUUGUAUUUGAGGAAUCAGCUUCCUUCUUACAUUAAGAAAUCGACUGAGUUGAGUGAAUCUCGUAAGCAUUUAGGUCUUUUAAUCUUAUGAACUUAAGAGCCAGUUGUAAAUGCAAUUUUGGUAUAUCUUAGGGUUUUUACUGUUUCUUAGACUGAUUGAUUGAUUUUCUUAGGGUUUUAAACUUAUUCUUAUGGUUUUUGGUUUUUAAUUAAUUCAGUGGGAUGCGGAAGGUUUAGCUUUGAUCUUUUAAAAUUAUUUUCAUUGAAAUGUAUUGUAUUUUUAAUAACUUAGUAUUUUUAUUGUCAUACGUUUCAUACAUGAGCGUCUGGCUCGGAUGAUCGGGGCAGCCCCAUCCCACGUAUUGAUGUAAAUAAUUUGACUGUAUGAUUGAUUGAUUGGUGACCCAUCUUUUACGUUCGAGUCGUAUGAGACUGAAACAAUGAACAGGAACAGAAGGCUUUUACUGUCCUAUCAUGGUCACUCGGCAUCCACAGCAUCAAAAAAAUAAGUACGCUCAAGUAAGAAAAGAAGCAAAAAUUGAAUACUGACAAAGAUUCUCUUUUUUUAAACAUGCAAAUUAUUUAAAAUGAUAACUCAAGGAGAUUGUGUUAAUUUUUUAGUGAGCGACGCAACCUCGUUCCUAGGGUCCUCUCCUACUCGGCCCCUCGUCUCUCUCUCUCUCUCUCGUCCGUAGCAUGAGCUCUCAAGUCAGAAGGCAUUUGUAAUAGGCUGCAGUGAUACUAGGUUGUGAUCGGUAUUUUUCCAAAACCCGGAGCACACCGGAACACGGCCCUGGAAAACCUGGAAAUACACAGGUAAAUUGAAUAGAAGAAAGACACAGGGGCACACAGCAGGAAAUUUUGAGGAAAAGACCGAAAAAUAACACCAAAGCAUGAAUAAAGCUUUCUGAAGCCGUUUUAAGCAUUUUGGGAGAUUGCUGGCAAAGAUUUUUCUGUUCCCCACUCCCGGCAAGACUAACGAAAGAGUUCCCAGCCAGCAAGGUGCAUCUACAACCUACAACCUGACUUACUGGAAAGCAAGUAAGUCAGUUUGGGUGUGGUCAUAGGGAAAAUUCAACCCUUCAGUGUGGGAGGAGGGGCUGGAUAGGGUAAUUGGUGUGGCCUAAAGGCAAAACUCAACCAUUCAGUGUGGAGAGGGGGUAUGUUUCGGACAAAAGGCACAUGCCAGCUAUUCUGGACUUCAAAUCUCCUACGACACCCAGAAUUGUCCAUUUCCCAGCAACACUUUCCUUUGAAGAACAUAUAAAGUUUUCCAAAUCUCCUAGCCAGCAAAAAGUUGCCAGAAGAACAGAUAUUUCGAGGAACAGAAAUUUUAUCUAGAGGGGUUGGGGAGCCUGCUUCCACGGAAAAUGGUAAAAGUUAGAAUCACCCGGUUAAUUUCUACCAAUUCUGAGAUUGAUUUUGUCCAAUUUUUAUCACCAAUCCGCUGGUUUUCUGCAAAAAAACGUACAUGUAACAAAGGAAAUUGUGUUUGCUUUUAACAUAAAGAUUAGAAGACUUAUACAAUAGGCAAAAAAAUCGAUGGAAUUAUUGGUGGGGAUAUAGCCCACUCAGCCCCAAAGCUUCUCGGUCACUGACCAAGAUUGGUUACCACAGGUGUUGUAAAUGUAAAGAAAAGCCAUUUGAGAGGGAAAGAUCCUUAUGCUAUGAAUCCCUCUUACCCAGUACCAGGAGCCGAUUAGUAAUCGGCUCCUGCCAGACAGAAGUGCAAGUACAAAAUCUUUUUUAUGAUAACUGUUGGGAAAUAAGGUUCAUGCUGUCAACCCAGGGAGCAUCUCGGGCAGGUUUAUUUUUUCAGCCCACUGUAGGUGCGUGAAAUUGUUUUUGGACAGAGGACUUAUGCAGGAUUCUUUUCUUACCUAUGUGCACUUCCAGGAUAUACAGUGUAUUUUUCAAAAUCACCCAGCCCCCUCACCCCACCACCGCUUCGCCGCCGGAGUAUUCGGAUCUGUAUCGUAAGCCAGUCUUUGUUUACAAUUGGUGAUAACAGAGAUUACGUGUAAAUUAACUUUCCAAAGUUUGUCUCAGAAAGUUUAGUCAAACUUAUUUUCUUGUCAAGGGACUGGUCAUUAUUUAUCGGGAGGGGGGGGGGCUGGUGCAAAUAGGGGGUGGGCCACCAUUUUUUAUGCAUGGCUUAAAGGGGGGGGGAUUAAAAAAUAUGCAAACGUUUUGCCAGCAAAAAUGUUAAAAGCUGCAUCUGGAUGCCAUCAACAAAUACAGCCUGUUAAAAUAGCUUUAUACAACAACUUUUAUUAACACUUACAAAUCAGUAUCUUACAACAUUGAUCUUAUUUCUACUGUAAACAUAACCAGCACAAAUCAUCAUCAUUGCUGUUGUCCUCAGCAUUGUCGUCAUCACAUGCAUUACCAUUGUUGUCAUCAUCACCAUUGUCAUCAUUGUCUGCAUCAUCAUCACUAUCAUCGUUGUCUUUAUCAUCAUCAUUAUUACUGUCAUCGUCAUGGGCAUUAUCUGGUUCUAGGUUAGUGUUUUCUUUUUUUGGAAAAUUGUCUACAUAUUCACUAAUAAAGUUUACAGCUUCAGUAAAUACUUGUCUAUCUUCAUACAUGAGUUGUAGAUAUUUUACUUGACACAAUGAUAAUGUAGAUAGAGCUUCCAAUUUUAGGUUCUGGAUUUGAAUUACUUCAGAUGCAGAAGCAUUCGAAAUAAACUCUCGCACUUUCUGUAUGUUGGCAGCUUUUCUCGUAACUUUCCUUCUUUUGGCUUUCCUUCGGUUCUCUUUCUGAGAACGCUUUUUGGUUUUUGCAUUCACAUGGGGGGCAUAUUGGAACAUAUUUGAUGUCUUCUCUAACUUUUCCUUAAGGCUUUCUUCUAUUUCUAUCACCCUUUCUUUAACAUUUAUAAGUUUGCCAAUGCUCUGCUGACAUAAAACAUAUCCCCAAGCCAUAUCCCGAUGGCCAAAGACCUGGUCUCCAUUAUCUUGCUACGAAAGACACCCCAACUGUUGGCAGAAGUGCGGAUGAUUUCCACCCAAGGGUUCAGCUGAAGGCAAUUUUCAGAGAAGAUAACUCAUUUUUUGAUUAUCCUGACAACAUGACAGCAAAAAUCAUGUUAAAGUAAAAGGGGGGUCCGCAAAAAUCAAGCAUGGCAUAUUUUACAUUGCACUAACCCCCCUCCCGAUAAAUAAUGACCAGUCCCGAAGCGCUGCUGCAGUCUGAAUUCGAAUAGUAUGUCGCAAUAGAAACCAAACACUGAGUUUUCCUGGGUGAAAAAGUGUCAAUCAACCAAGUAAGACAACAGCGAGCAAAAGGAGGUAAAAUGGAGAAACCCGUCAAAUCACACGUAUACGUUUUCGUCUAGCGCGCUCGCUUUUGGCGGGCUAAAAAAGGCUUUUAGUAUGACAUACAGGAAGAAUGGUUCUUUCAAAAGUUCCCUUUCACACCCGUUAAAUAUAUGUACCCUUGAUGCUAUAACAUUCUGAAAUAUGGUAAAAUUCACUGUGUCAACAAAGCACGAAACAUUACUCUCUUUGCGCGGGUGUGAAAAAUAGAAAGAAAGCCUACAUCAAGAUAAAGUAUAGCUUUAAAGUAACUUUAAGAAAUGUGCAACAAACUUUGCAAAGAUUAACUAUAGAUUAGCUUUCGUUUUCUCGUACGAGCGUCUUGAAACUGCCCUAAUUUGCUUGAUUCCUUCGGGCCUUCGACAAGGUUUAGGCCGAUUUUAAACAUUCCUGUUUUUCGCAAAAACGGAGCUUCGCUAGAUCUUUUGAAUAUUGUUUUUGAAAAUAGUUUAUCAAAAGGGUUUUUUUGGUGAAAUAAAAAAAAUCGAAUUUUUUGAUCUGAGAACUGAGAACGGUUCUUAAAUUUCUGCGUCCGCGUGUUAUUGAAAAGCGCUAACUGUCUCCGAGAAACUUAACCUUAUUAUUAAUUUAUGCAAGUAUCUCUCACAGAUUACGACAAUUCGUUUGAACAAUUUUGUUUCAUUUCUUUUGUUUGACAGGAACUAACACAACUGCAUUUGCAGGAUUUCGCGCCUGCAAAUGUUUGAAAGAUCAUUACCGUACGAAUUUGUUUGGAGCUUGUAAGCCAUGUGAGCUAGGAUUAGAAUGUCAAGAUGAUUGCGCAAAUCUUAAAGAUGGCUUUUGGUGGAAAUGGAAGAAUAAGACACACCGUGAGCUGUACAGAAACUUCACAAAAACCGCAAAGGACUCCUCAUUUACUCCUGAAUUACACAACGCGAAUGAUUCCCGUAUCGUAUACCCGUACACCAUUCCUCAUCCGUACAGAUGCCCCAUGACAGAAGCUUGUAAGGGAGGUUUGAAUUCUUCAUGUAAUUCUGGUUAUGAAGGACCAUUAUGUGCAGUUUGCAGUGAUGGAUAUUAUAAACAACUGAAGAAAUGCAAACUGUGCCCAACUAAAGGACGGAUGAUCGGACAGUUUGCAAUUAUGGGGGCAAUAGUUAUGUUACUGGUUAUUAUCGUGGUGUGGAGAAGCAAGAAAAAGAGCAAAAAGAUGUUGGACGAUCUUUUCUUGACAAGGCCCUUGGAAGUAUUAAAGUUACAAUUGGCUUUUAUCAAGUGA